AAGGUCAAAUGUUUGAUAAGAAAAAUGAUAACACGAUAAUAAAAACAAAUGAAAGAAACAAAUCGUAUUUUCACAGUGGUGAUACUUGUAUUUGGGUAAACGUUCACCAUGGCUGCUCGUAAAAGAGUUUUUGACUUGUUAAGGACAAUCGACGUUGCUUCUUGCCGAUGUCCAGCUCACAGUCACAGGGGACACUUCCAAGUGUCUGAUGUCACACCAACUAAAGACUAUGCCUUCGAAAUAAAAUGUUCAACAGUGAGGUAUGGCCUCGGUGUGACCCGAGAAGUGGGCAUGGACCUUGUGAACCUGGGUGCUAAGAAUGUCUGUGUGAUGACAGAUUCUAACCUCGUCCAUUUGAGCCCUGUGAAAGCUGUAUUGAACUCGCUCACAAAAAAUGGAGUCAAUUACCAAGUUUACGAUAAAGUACGAGUGGAGCCCACUGAUUCCAGUUUCAAAGAGGCGAUAAAGUUCGCCAAGGCGGGCAGUUUCGACAGCUUCCUCGCGGUUGGCGGGGGGUCAGUCAUGGACACGUGUAAAGCCGCCAACCUGUACUACUGCGACCCGGCUGCCGAGUUCCUGGAUUAUGUGAACGCGCCCGUGGGCAAGGGCAAGCCCGUGGAGGUGCAGCUGAAGCCUAUGAUCGCUAUACCAACAACCAGCGGCACGGGCAGUGAGACGACCGGCGUCAGCAUCUUCGACUACGAAGCCAUCCACGCCAAGACGGGGAUCUCUCACGCGGCACUGCGACCGAUCCUCGCCCUCAUCGACCCCCUACACACACUGUCUCUACCGGAGAAGGUCGCGAACUUCGCCGGCUUUGAUAUAUUCUGUCACGCGUUGGAGAGCUUCACGGCGAUACCGUAUAAUGAGCGAGGGCCUGCACCCGCCAACCCCGCGCUCAGGCCGUCGUAUCAAGGCAGCAAUCCGAUCUCAGAUGUUUGGGCACGGUUUUGCUUGCAGACGCUCCGCCAAUACUUCGCCCGUUCAGUCUACAACGCGGACGACAUCGACGCGCGCAGCGGCAUGCACCUCGCCGCCACCAUGGCCGGCGUGGGCAUCGGCAACGCAGGCGUGCAUCUGUGCCACGGACUGGCGUACCCCAUAGCCGGGCUGGUCAAGGACUAUACGCCGGGGGAUUAUGGCGAGUCGCCAAUAAUCCCGCACGGUCUGUCGGUGGUGCUGACGGCGCCGGGCGUGUUCCGCUACACCGGCGCCAGCGACCCCGACAAGCACCUGGAGGCCGCCGCCAUACUCGGCGCCGACGUCAGCAACAAGAAACAGGCGGACGCGGGCGCAGUGUUAGCCGACACCAUCAUCAAGUACAUGGACAAGAUGCAGAUCGCGGACGGGCUGGCGGGGGUGGGGUACGAGCGGGGGGAUAUACCGGCGCUAGUGAGGGGCGCGCUGCCGCAGGGUCGCUUGCUCGCGCUGUCGCCACUGCCGCAGUCGGAAGAAGACUUGUCCAGGAUAUUGGAGGACUCCAUGACGGUAUACUGAACAAUCUAAUCAACAGUAGACAAGUAAGCAAAAGUGAUGUUUUAUAUAAUUUUUAUCUUGUUAGAAAUUUUACUAAUGUUGAAUGUUGUUGACAAUAAAUUAAUAGUUUUAGA